CUUGGUCAGGUGUAGGUGCCGGAGGUGCAGAAUUUCCUUUAGGCAGAAAUAAAAAGAAAGCCGCAAUGGGAGAGGAGAAAAUGGAAAUGGAAGACACAGACUCUACUCUGAUGAAGAAGGGACGGAAGCCACCCACGCCCAAACCUCCCAACAAAUAUGAGACUCUGUUCCAGCCCUGCCUGGCCGAGAUAGUGGGGACCAUGUUCUUCGUUUUUGUCGGCUGUGUGUCUGUCAUUGAGAAUGUGCCGGCGGCUGGACGGCUGCAGCCAGCCCUGGUGCAUGGACUGGCUGUGGCGGUGAUGGUGGCGGUCAUGGAUAACAUCAGCGGCUCCCAUUUCAACCCUCCCUUCACUAUCGCCAUCUACCUGUGUGGAGGCAUUGAGCUGAUGAUGGUGGGACCCUACCUGGUCAGCCAGCUGAUUGGAGGAGUGCUGGGAGCUGGAAUGGCCAAGAUGAUGACCCCUGCAGACCGCUACUUAAACGCAACGGGAGCAGCGUUUGAUAUCCUCAAGUCAGAGAGCCAGCUGUCUGGAGCCAUCUUUGGGGAGGUGGCCAUGACCUGCCUGAUCACCAUGGUGGUGCUGCUGGUGGCGGUCAACAACAAGACCAAAACCCCGCUGGCUCCGUUCCUGGUGGGCUCUACUGUUAUCAUCAACGUCCUGGCAGGGGGUGACAUAUCCGGAACGUGUCUGAACCCUGCCAGAGCUUUCGGGCCAGCUCUGAUGACCAACUACUGGACCUACCACUGGGUUUACUGGGUGGGACCCAUAGGGGGGGGGCUGGUGGCAGCUGCCUUGCUCAGGCUCAUUCUGGGUGAUGAUAAGUUACGAGUCGUUAUGAAAUCAUAACAGCCUCUAUUGUUCGUCCAUUGCCAUGCAGACGGCAGUGAACAUGUCUGUCCCACCAUAUCAGCUACACUAUUGUAGUGUAUUUAAUAGUAAUGCUGUGAUGCUGUAUGAAGAGGAAUCCGCUGACACUGAUCUGAUUAUAAAAAGGUUUAUUACAAUCAAAGAUUCAGCAUCAAUUUUACAAACUCCUGCAGAGAGCUUGGAGGACGACCAACUCGAAUUCUUCCAAUAAGUCGUUCUGAAGUUCUGCUGUUUAACACAUGGUAUAUAUCUUGUGCAUUGUAUAACAUAAGACAUGAUAUAUGUAAGUAUAUGAUUGGAGCAGGGAACUGACCAAUCGAUGCCUUUUAUCUGGCAUAACUCCAAAAAAGGACUCUUCUGUCUUGGAGGGACCCUCUGCUCAUGUUAACAGUUUCCAGAUGUUUUCAGUAAAAGUGGGAUAAAGUUCAUGCAUCUCCUUAUACCAACUCUUAAGUCAAAGUCUAUAGAAAGUUAUAGAAUGUUCAUAUACUACAUUACACUCUUGGCUCAUGUGGCGUCAUAGUGACAUGCGGUCGGUUUGAUGCUGUUGUACUUCUCUUUGGUUUUCUUCCAUGCCAAACUGUGAUCACUGUGAAUGUUUCAGUAUUAAAAAGAUAAAGAACAAAA